AUGGAGCAGACGACGGACAAUGUCUUGUCCCAGUUGUUCGACUACCCUUUCGACGACUUCUGGAUACUAAACAUCACCAUGAACGGGACGAACUCAUCGGACGUCGUGGAAGAGGUGGUUGUGGACGAUUUGUGGCGAGUGAUCCCCCUGGGUAUCGUGCUGUCGUUGCUCUGCGUUCUCACCACCGUGGGCAACGCCAUGGUUCUUCACGCCGUCAGGACGGAGAAGCGACUCCAAACAGUGAGCAACACAUUCAUCGUCAGCCUCGCCAUCGCCGACCUCAUCGUGGGCUUGACCGUGAUGCCCGUCAGCACCAUCUACAUCUUCACCGUCGACUGGCUGUUCGGGGUGGCCGUCUGCCAGAUCUGGAUCGGCAUCGAUUACAUCGCCAGCACCGCGUCCAUCCUCAACCUCUUCAUCCUCAGCCUCGACCGGUACUGGUCCGUGAAAUCACCUCUGCUGUACCUGCGCAAGCGGACCAAAAAACGAGCUCUGGUCAUGAUUUCGUUGGUGUGGUCAGCGUCCUUGUUGUGGAUUGUGCCAAUCGUUGGGUGGCAUCACUUGGUUCAUGGUGGGGUUCGGACCGUACCAGAGAAUGAAUGUGAUACGGAGUAUGCACAGAACUCAGCUCUGAAAAUAAUUACAGCAUUCUUUAAUUUCUAUCUACCGCUAGCUGUGAUGUACACCUUGUAUUUCAAAAUAUUUAGCGAAAUCAGAAAGCGGUCAGAGUUUGAGCUGGGGCAGAGGAUAUCGGGGCGGCACUACGCAACAGCGUACAUUCCAGGAGUUCCGAAUUCUAAUUCGGGAGAGGAGAGCGAACAGCCCGAGGACACGGUGUCUGAGGAACCAACCCAUUCCGUGAUAAGCAACCACAGUAUUAGCCAACUUGCCAGAAACACCUUACACAACUCUGUCCAUCGCAACCGCGGGGCCGAAGAUUACUGCAUGAAGAACUUCAACAGAAGCAGCACCAUUUCGUACACCCGUUCGCGUACUCUCGAAAACCACACACCAACAACUCCAACUACUGGGAACUGCGUUGCCCAGGGCGCCAACCAUCAUGGAAGAAGUGUCUUCGUCAAGCAGAAGGACGGCUACAAGAACUUGCGUCUGAUUGCCGUGAAGCGUCAGAUGAGUACUCGGGAGAGCAAGACUCCGAGUUCAAACCGCGUCGAAUACGUGUACGACGAGAGCGUGAUAGACCCUCAGACUGAGCGGAUCGAAAGGUACUUCUAUGAGGAGCGUCUGCCGUUACGCGGACCGGAUUCCCUCCCGGUUAUUUCCAACAACUACGUGCGGAGCGAUACGUCUUUCUCGGAGCAUUCUAGCUCCACCACCAGCACCUUCGAGGAUAAGCCCGUCGACUACAUCGAGAGACCCCCCAGCAGUAGUACUGGGGGCAGCAGCAGCGAGAACUAUUCGGUCAUCAGCGGCAUCAGGAAGAUACGACAGGCGGAGAUCCUUCUGGACAAAACCGUGUCCAUGGCGGAAGGUCGGGCUAACCAGGAGAAAAACAUGUUUGUCCUGAGGGACGACAAAAACAGACGUCUUACCGGGAUGUUGAACAUCAAGGACAGAAUCAAACACUUCCGACAGUCGUCCUCGCUGACGAAGGAGAUUAAAGCUGCCAGGCAGCUGGGGGUGAUCAUGGGCGCCUUCACUUUGUGUUUCCUACCCUACUUCAUCCUGUUCAUGGUUGUGGCUUUUUGUGAUAACUGUGUCGACCCUGGCGUUCUGACGGCCGCCACCUGGGUGGGAUACCUCAACUCGACGCUCAACCCAUUCCUGUAUCCUCUGUGCAAUACCAACUUCAGGAGGAAGUUCCGCAAAAUGCUCGGUUACCGCAGCACAAAGUCGAGAAAGAAUUUCAAUGGAUUUGACAGGAACAGCAUAACGAACGCUCGGUAUGACUGAUAUUCCCAUCCCCCCCCCCCCCCCCCCGUGCGUGCGUGCGUGUGGGCGUGCUUGCGCGCAUGUGUGUGUGUGUGCAAUCAGACAAGUGUGUGUGUGAUUUCAUUGACAAAUACAUUUGAAACCUUUUUUUAAACCAUUGGUUAUGGCAGAUCCGUUUCAGAAUCUGCUUGUUAAUACCUUAUUGUAUGUAAUAAAUAUCAGAAAAACGAGAUGAAAUAUUGUUUAG